GUGUAUACUCCCGCUUUAGUUUGAAAUGUUUGAAAGCCAUAUUUACUCCUAGUUCGUUUUUUUGCUAGCGCAGACCCUAUGGCUGAUGAUACUACUACAACGACUAUAAACCUCGGGCGCAAGGGUGGUGCACACAAAAGGCGGUCGUCGAUCUUAAAGCCACCGCGGGCACCCCUAGACGAGGUGGACCAAAAUUUUUUGAAUGAGCCAACGGAGAAACGCCGGCACUCAAAACGAGUCAGUUUCUCGGGGACAACAGAUAUAAAGAUCUACGAACGAGAUCUCCUUCAAGAAAAAUUAGCGUCUGGCCCAGGAAAUGUAGCUCCCUCGAAUAUGACAGAUGGCCAGCUCCCAAGGUCGGAAGAAACCGACAGAGCAGACAUUGCCGGCUUGCUGCGGACCCUACCCAUCAAGCAAGGCGACAUGAAGAGCAAUGGAGACCCCAAACAGCUUGUUGAACCCGAGCUCACUGAAGCUCAACUCUUAAAAAGCAUUUCACUGCACAGCAGUCGCCAUGGCGAUGCCAUGAGUCUGACUUUAGUCACAGAGAACUUGCAGGGCACGUCGAGUCACAAGACAUGUCUGCUCGACGAAAACAUGGCCUUGACCCUAUUGUCUACCGCGGAUGACGUUAUUCCAGCUGGGUCUCGUACCGUGCUUGCAAACCAAGACAUUGAAGAAACGUGCUUGGAAAAAAGUUUUGCGUAUUUUGGAGUCAACGACUACGCAGAGGAGGAUGAUGAUGAUAGCAAACAAGAAGGGCCACGUGUGCAUGCAUCUCCGAACAGCUCUGGAGAUUCGGAGCAGUCAACUGAAGUCAAACGAUAUGCGUUGCCUUUCCUCAUUGCCUUCGAAAAUUUGCUCCAAGAGAAAGCCACGAGCCCGAAGACAAUACACAAGGACUGCUCACUCUUCAAGACCACUGUUCAAGAUGUUAGCAUGAGCGUUACCAUGGUUUCCCCCCGCGUUGAUGAUGCUGACGCGAGGCAAGAUCAGGAAGAUGUUCUUGAGGACGACAUGGAGAAAACUUGCUUCGAGAAGAGCUUUGCACGUUUCGAUGUUCCCGCGGAGGAAAGCGACCGGGGAAAUGCUGAGGAGAGGGUUGCAGACGUGACUGGCACUGAGGAUGACGGUGUGACACAAGUGCAGGCCAGUCAUCCUGUGCCAGACAGUCCUGCUGGAAACAUAAGCAACAACGGUAUUUCACUUGCCGAAAUUUCCCCCAUAUGUUUGACUCUCACAUCCCGGGGUCAAACAGCGUCUGUUACGGAAGACCAGCCGUAUGUCCUUCCACGUGGCAGCAAGGAUUUGAGGCUCCAUUCAACGAUGAUCGGAGAGGUCGAGUGCACAACAAACAUUCGCGCUGUGCCCUGCAGUGUUCCAGAACGCGUUGAGGAAGGGUGUAACGUUGAGAACUGUCUCGGACAGGCCCCUGCGUCCCCUCCCUGCAGGCUUAGUCCAGUGUCUGAUCGAGCCAGUGGAAGUUUAGAGACCACACACAAAUCUCCAGAUGCUGAGGAUGCACAGUGUGUUAUAGCAUCUGAAGAAGAGGAAAAAAAGCGUUCCAAUUCUGUGCAGUUCCAAAGCUGCACAAACAUUACUGACAUCGGUGGUGGCAGCAGCUUGGUUCAGGUUGAGCCAGACAACACUGAGGACCUCAUGAAGUCAGCAUCGAGGCUGAUCAAUGUUGAAACAGCUGUGCCUUCAGCUGUGCAGUUGGAUCCUCCUCGAGAAGAGCCCGCGUGUGUCUUUGGUGCCGUACGCGUCCCUCCUCAGUCUUCCCAGGAGCCAGGGUAUGCUGCAUUCCAAACGGAAUCUGUGAAAACGUGUUUCUCGGACAUGCAGUUCACCUGUGUGCCAAAAGAAGUUGCUGUUGGGGACUGUGUCAGCAGGGCUGUAAACACUGACACGGAAGAAACGGCAGUGGGAAAAAAAUGUGCUGGAAACGCUGAAUCGACAUUCAGCAACGCCAUGCAGUACACAUGCAUCCAGCAACACUCGGAGGAGACAGAAAAUGUUAUUUUUCCAAAGCCACCUCCGAUGGAAAAUUCUGAGAACCAACCCAUGAAGAGAGAUGCCCUGGACAUGACUUCUGCUGAACCGUUGAACUCUGAUGUUGUGUGCGGUGUUGUACAGCGUGCAGUGGGAGCUGAUGACGCACCCCGCGAAACUGUUGACGCUACUUCAUCCGCGUCCCUUGCCCAUCAUGCGUCAAAGUCUAGCUUCGUGCACAGUGAAGACUUUAAACGAGCCUCGAUAGCUGUUAACAGAGAUGCACAGCCUGACCAGGAUUUGGAAAGCAAGAAAGAAGGUACCAGUGCAGACAUACCCGUUACAGGCAUUCUGCUGGAAUCUGAUAGAGCCGGUGGAAGAGCGGAAGACAGUACACUAAUGGGCCAAGACUCUAUUAUCUUAAGCUCAACAAAGAAGAGCUUGAGAACAAAAAGAGGAGCAUUCUUUGCAACUUCUUUGUUGUUGUCUGUAAACAGACGGUAUGAUGGGUUUGGUUCGGUGAAUGCAUUUAAAAGAGAUCACCGUGAGACUGCUGCACAGCAGGCACCAUCCGGCGACGCUGAUGCAAGUAACGUGGUGCAGCGUGCUUUGUUCACCGCGAGACAUUGCGUUGCUGCUUCACCGUUUCAGCUCAGCCCAAUGAAGGUGUUGAGUGAUGUGCGCAAUGAGCUUAAGGACAUCACCGAGGCUCAAGGUGCUCCAACGUCACCGCCUUUGGACAUUGCUACGGAAGAAGACAAAGGUUGCAAAACACCUCCUGCCCCGGAUACUAAAACGCUGUCUUCCUUCUCGUCUAAUGGCAGUAAUAUCCUCCAGGAGAGCAUGCCAUCUUUCUGCGACACUCCGCUACGUGCAAGGAGGUUCAGCCCUUCUACUCACUUAACGGACAUGAAUGUUGCACCAUCCACAGAUUUGCCUUCUGGAAAACUACGAGAUUAUAAGUCCAACUCUUCCAGCAUGCCAGGUGCUGAAGAUAUUGCCCCUGCCAAAUCUGUGGCAGCUGCUGCUGCAACACAGGACCAGCCGAUGUUUGCCGUUCGUGGUGCUAGACAUGUCCCUGCAGGUAGUGUGCUGGCAGCAACUGACACCGUGCGUGUUAGAGAGUCCGAGGGCACUACUUCACCACAUCAGAAGUCACCAACUUUUGCUGCGCCAUGUGCGAAAGGAACAUCACCUACUGGUAGACUCGGGGCAAUGACCAUGUCUCGAAACGAAAACCCGGAAACGAUUCUCCCGCCGCAGCGGAAGUCUGCAACCUUCGUUGUGCCAUGCACAACAGGUGCAUUCUCUGAUGGCACAUGUGGGGCAACAACUGUGUCUGGAGAUGGUGAGCCUCAAGUGAUUGUCCCUCCGCUGCGGAAGUCUGCAACCUUCGUCGUGCCAUGCACAACAGGUGCAUCCUCUGAUGGCACAUGUGGGACAACAACUGUGUCUGGAGAUGGUGAGCCUCAAGUGAUUGUCCCUCCGCAGCGUGCAACAUUCACGGUGACAUGUGCAGGAAAUAACCUCUCUACAGCUGCCUGUACAGCAGCUGCCAAACUUCCAAAUAUGAGUGACGAUGCGGCUCCAACAUUCACUGUGAAAGGUGAGGAGAGCAUUGGUCCUGCAGAGGUACCUGCACCUUCACCGGACAAAAUGCCUGCGGACGCUCCUGAACUGCAGCAACAGUUAGCUGCACUCCACAUAGGCAGCCUGCAGAAACCUGCUCCAGCAAAGUUUGACAAAUCUGCUCAGUCCAGUUCUCUCAAGAUUUGCCAGACAGCGCCGCAAGACAAACGAAGAACUCCAGACAGGAUAAACCUUUCAGCACUGAAGCCCACUGCAAGUCUUGCUCCAUCCGCUCGAAAGCAGGCGAACGCUGCAAUUGUAGGGAUACCUGGCAGCGCUUCUAAAUGCUCUCCAAUGACAAUGAGAUCCGGGACUAGAGCAAAAUCAAAAAGGGGCGAAGCAACACAACCCCCUUUGACCAAGAACACUGCCACACUGACACCCGAAACAAAGGCAGCAUCCGCUGCGGAUCAUGGUAAAGGCGAACCGUCGAGCAAGAGUCGUGUGACCCCCCAGCAACGGACUAUGCGUGUGGCAAGAACCAGUGUGGGACGUUCACAGACUUCGACGACGAGAGAAGUAAAACUUUCUACUUUACCCGAAUCGAAGAAAGCUAAACUGGUUCUGCCAAAUAAAGAUUCACCAUCUGUGGUGAUACAGAGGACCGCCGCGUCAACGUCAAAAAAGGCCGAAAUGAAGGCUUCUUGCAACGUGACUCCGAGUCGUGUGCCCCUUAGAUCGAGUUCUUACCUAAAGAGACUGCAAAGUGCAAAGACUGAUCCAGCAACGAGGUUCAAGAAUCCAGCCAGUGAAGUUGACAAGGGCUCCUUGUCCCCCGUGCACAAGGUUGCCAGGUUGUCUACUGCAAAGAAGAACAUAAUCCCGAAAAAAGGUGACCUGCCGGGGGCUGCUGGUGUCAUGGACCUCGUUUUGGAAACGACUAAUUCUAUUGCCUUAGCAGAACCUAGGGUGCCGCCUUCGAUACAGAUUGCAGCCCAUGAACCAAUGGCCAUGGAAGUAGAUAUAUGUACCGAUGGAAAGGCAGUAACAGCUCAACUUGCAGAUUCUCUUCUCAGUGGGAUUGCUGAAUUGACACAAGACAGCAUCCAUGUAGAUGUACCCGAAAAAUUUGAGGAGAUCAACGGUGAACUAGACCUCACAGUCAGGACCGACGAAUUGAUAAAAAAGUUGCAACAACCAACACCGGAGGAUUUCCUGGAAAUGUUCUUCUGGGGGGCGUACGAUAUAUCGGAGGACGACAGAGAGUUCGUUGUCAUGGAGGCAUCCAGAGCAAACGCUGAAUUCUCGUUUGUGAACGGAAAAACUCUGCUGACUGUUACGCUGGAAGAUUGCGGAGAUUGCUCAGCUUCACUUGGAGAUAAAGUGCACCGAGGAGUGAAAAACAUCGCGUUUGUGCCUAACCACUCGUCAACACCAAUUUCAAAGUUCCUACACAAGAUGUUCAUGCAUGCAGCUAACCCACCGUCUGUUCGACUUCUAUGCAAGAGCAACAAUGACCUUUCUCAAACACUCAAGCUUCUGUGCGGGGCAGCACACAAGUGCCGUUGCUUUGGAGAAGACUACCUUUGUGCCAUCAGUGGCAAUUCGUACACAUUCAAUGCAGAUGAGAUGCUACGAGUUGAAUACAUGUGUGAGAAGAACGCUUGGUGGUUUUUUGUGACGUUCAAACUUGAUCAUCGGACCUACCCUGAUGCUGUCAUCCGUCCCAUGGUUGAAAUCAAGUGGGGCAGCGAGAGCCUCGGACAAGACAUCAACAAGAUCGUCAGUCAAGUCAGGCCAGGGAAAAUGUACCUCAGUAGAAUGGUCAAAGAGAUUGCCAAGUGCCUCCGCAUUACAACUUUCGACGAUUGGAUGGUGCCUGUGCUGGGUGACAGAUGGCUACAACAUAGAUAAGAUAGUACAAGUCAAGGCACGUGUACUGAAGCUGGACGGUGAAAGCAACUGGCUGUGCACUCAAUCAACUUUCAAGCUAUGAAGAUGCUCUUGCACUACUGAGCUGUACAUAUUUGUAAAGCAAAUGGCAUACGUGUAUUUUUAUUGAACAUUUUACUGGUUUUACUAAGAAUUUUAAGUCUAGAUUGUAAUAAACAUAUUAUACAAUGCCUUGUGGGUUGA